AUGGAGGCCUCUUUUACAUCUCAUCAUCAUGCAAAGGCUCGCUGUUUUUUCAAAAUUAUCCUCUGUGAAAUCAGUUCCAAGAGUAAGCUUACGAUACCCGAAAAGUUUGUAAGAAAGUAUGGAGGGGAGCUGCAGGGAGGUGUUCUACUGAAGGCUCCAGGUGCACCACCUUGGUCAGUGGAUGUGCAAAGGGAGGAAGGGAAGGGGAAUUGCAAUUUCAAGGUUGUGAUUUUUGAUACAAGUACUACUGAGAUAGACUAUCCUGUACAAUUUGAAGAAAGGAGUGGAAGUGAUCAACUUCAGGUAUUUAAGAAGAAACAAGUUCACUCUGGUUGUGAUGCAGCCUGUUAUCUUGGUGAGAGUUUGAAGGGGAGGUUACUGAAAGAAAAAAUUGCAGAAGCUUUAUCUGAAACCUCGAUCAGUGAUGAGAAUGAACACGGAGGUAUUGAAAAACCGAGUCAUGCAAAUGGCACUCCACAUGAUAUUCCAAUGCGGCAGCAUAUUGUCAAAGCUGGAGGAGUGAGUAGUCCGGCAGAAGAGAAAGACAGAGCCCAUGCACGCGCUAAAGCACUUAAAUCUAUCCACCCAUCUUUCAAGGUUGUCAUGCAACCGUCAUACGUUGGUAAAACAUACGGCUUGUUUCAUGCAGAAGAGGAAGAGUCUGCAUCAGCAAAAACAAUGAAAAACAGAAGAAUUGUGCGAGGAGCCCCGAUGGAUCCACUCCGGUCAAGCUCUGCAGUGAAGCCCCGCUGCUUUUUCAAGAUCAUAAUCUCUCAUAUUACUCCUCAUAGCACGCUCACGAUUCCCAGAAGGUUUAUUGCACAAGGAUAUGAUCUCGCAGACAAGGUUUUCCUCAAGGCCCCAGAAAGUUCAGUUUGGGUCGUGGAUCUAGAAAGAACUACUGGCGAGGCUGUUCUUCGGAAUGGUUGGCCUGAGUUUGCAGCAUAUUACUCCAUAAGUAUCGGUCAUGUUAUACUGUUUAAAUAUGAAGGGAACUCUCAGUUUCAUGUAACUAUAUUGGACAACAGUUGCACUGAGAUAGAAUAUCCCAUGAGUGCCUCCCACAAUGAGCAAGCUAACCGUAGUGGGGGUUUCCGAAAGAGAAAAGAACAAGCUUUGAUUACAUCGAAGGAAGGAAGGAAAAUCAAAGGCACUGGUAUUGUGAAGCCAGAUACUGUCAUCCCAAGUCAAGGUAAUGGCAUUCGACAUAAGAGGAUAAAGCCGGUAAAAGUAGAGGCUGACCUUGAUGAUCCCAUACCGCAUGUUAUCACAGCUAAGGGAGCUAGUGAGUCAGCAAUUGAAGAAGGGAAAGCCAGAGCACUUGCCUUAGCUAAAGCUUUCAAAUCUAACAAACCUUUUUUCUUCCGUAGAGUGUAUCCAUCACAUGUAGAUGGAACACAACACGGCAUGCAUGUAACGACGGCCUUUAAAGAGGCUUAUGAAAACUGGAAGGAUAAUGAACAGCUGACUCUUCAGAUUGCAGAAAGAACUUGGCAGGCUGAGUGUCGUUGGACGUCGAUAGGGUAUAAAAUUGGCAAAGGGUGGUGCAAGUUUGCACGAGACACUUCACUGGCAACAGGUGAUGUUUGUGUUUUCGAGCUGGUGAACUCUUCCCAAAAAUUGUUUGAAGUCAUCAUAUAUCGAGCAACAGUCAAAAACGAAAACUGGUAA